AAGAGUCCUAUAUAAAAGCACCACGUUCUCUUCCACAUUCCCAUCAAUUAAGGUUGUCAUCACAACAACGGUUUUGAUCACCUGCUUCGCAACACACGCACACAGAACGCCUUCAGGGUUGGUGGCUCGACUUUGUACCGAUAACUCUCAUUUGGAUUGUGAGGAACCGUUUGGCUGGAAUUUUUAUCUCUUUUAAAUACUUUGCACUCUAGAGUUACCAAGGUCAGGUACUCUCCUCAUAAAAAUCUUUCUUCUAACAAUACCGAUCAUGAUGCCUGCAUACAGAAGCAUGGACUCGUACCCAUAUCAGAGACCGUUCCCUCCUUAUUAUCAUCCUGGCAUUGAGGCAAUGCCCCCUCAAAUGAAAGUUGAUCCAUCAAAACCACCCUUUUCUUAUGACCAACAUUGGCCAUAUGUUGCCAAUUUCGGGCACCCUAUUCCCCCACAUUUCUGCUGUGGCCACAACAACUUCCCUUGUUAUUAUAGCCACAUUCCUUCAUAUCCUCAUGCUCCUUCUCCAAUGUGCUAUUCUGGAGGCUGUCCUUCAUAUAGUGAACCGUAUUUUGUUCCUUAUUCCCCACAACCACAUUAUACCAUGGAGCUGCCUAGAUAUGAAUAUGAUAAGCACAUGCCCCGAGAGCAUCAUUGUUGUGGUUGUUCUAAUCAUCCAUGCAACCAAAAGGAAGGUAGAAGUGUGAAGAUUGAGGAGCAUGAACCUGAUGAUGGAAAGAAAGUGAAUGAUGCUUUGGUUCCAGUUCAGCUUAAGAAUUAUCCAUAUCAAUUGGUUUGGGUCCCACAGGAUUACUCAAGUAACAAACAGCUGAAAAAUCCUAAUGUAAUGGAGGUGGCUGAACAAGACAAGGUAUCACAUGAUAGAAAGCCUUCUGGUCUUGAGAAUUUUAAAGCUGAUGCACAGCCAUCUGAGGAACCUAGAGUGUGGAAUGGAUGGUUACCCUUUGAUAUAAAGGGUGCCCCAGACAUGUUUCAUGAUGGAUAUGGAACAAGAAACCAGAAACCGGAGUCUGAGAAUAAUAGAAGGGAAUUUGAAGAUGGAAAAAUGGACCAGAAACACCAGAGUGAACACAAGAGAUCCGAAUUUCCAUUCCCUAUCUUCUGGGUGCCUUACUACAAUAAGCAGGAGGAAAGUGGAAAGGCUAACAAUCAGGAGAACACUUCUUCACCAAAAAUCAUUGAGGAGGUGCCUCAUACAUUCAAAUCUGUUCCAGUGAAGUCUCAUGUUGAUGAAGGUGCUUUAAAAGGAACCGGUUCAAAUCAAGUUGGGCACAAAAACACAGAUGCUUCGGAUGCUGUAGAGAAAGUGACUAAUGCCAGAAGCAUACCUGUGAAGCAGAUAGAAUCGCAUCAAGGAAAAAAUGAAUCGGAGGGAGAUCACCAACGAGAAGUGAAUGUGACAAAAAAGGAUUCUGGCACUGGUGACAAAAAGAGACAAUCUACAUCUUCACCAAAAGCAUCCAAAUUAGCUCCUGUUUGCCUGAGAGUUGAUCCACUACCAAGGAAGAAAAAUGGAAAUGGUAGUUCGAGGUCGCCGAGUCCACCUUCCUCAAAAGAACAUUCCCGAGCUACAAAUGGUGAAGCAUUCAAGACUCCUGUGUGUGGCACAAAUGACAAGGCUUCGUCAGGUUCAAAUCAUAACAAUGCUACAAGCAUUAGUGAGAAAGUAAAACCAAGGGAGAUGAAAACAAUUCAGGUGUCUGAAUAUAAGACUAAUGAAAACAAAGGUGUUGACGAUGGAUGUAAGAGCCAGACAAAUGUAAACAUACCCAACGAAGGUCCAAAAGGGAAAAGGGAAACUUGUACGGAUGGUGAUGAAUAUAAGACUGAAGACCAAGGGGCAGAAAAAAUGAAGGGGGAAACUAUAGAACUAAAGGAAGAGAACGAUUCAAGCAUACCAACUGAUGCAGGUCGAAAAGAGGGAAGAGUUUUGUCAGAUGCAGAUGCUGCUGUUUUGAUUCAAGCUGCAUAUCGCGGUUAUCAAGUUAGAAAAUGGGAACCAUUGAAGAAAUUGAAGCAGAUAGAUGAAGUCAGAAGGGAGGUGGCUGAUGUUUACGGCCGUGUUCAAGCUUUUGAAAGAUCUUCUGAUCUUCAAAAUGAUGAAAAGCAAAAGAUCGCAAUUGGAGAGACCAUAAUGAGACUGCUGCUGAAGCUGGAUACUUUGCAGGGUUUGCAUCCAAGUUUCAGGGAGAUCAGAAAAUCCUUGGCUAGAGAGCUCACAAGCUUGCAAGAAAGGCUUGAUUCUAUAACGGCCAAGAAACCACAGCAGGAGAUGCAGGAUUUCGAUGUUCAGAAACACGUUGAAGUUACUCCAAAUGAUACACAGAAUGAAGAACAUGUGCAAAGGGAGCAAGAAGAAAAAGUUGCUACACCAGGAGAUUCAUCUGAAGACAUUACUGACGAUGUUAAAGGUCCUUGUGCUAGUGAUGGUAAAAGUGAAUCUCAGUCACCAGUUGAUCCAGCAUCAAACGAGAGAGCAGAGCAUAUCGUACUUCCAAAUGGAUCAUAUAGGGAGGAUACAAGCCAAGUGGUUACAGCUGAUGCAUUGAAUCCUACAAGUGAUGUCUCUGAUACUAACAAAAUGGCUGCAGAACCUGAAGCCAAAUCAGAAGCAAAUGACAUUCCCACUGAGGCUGACGAAUUAGAUACGACUGAUUCGGAAGAAUUCCCCGUGGAAGUUGUUGGUGAAGAUUGCAAGGAUGUUAGUAUCAAGAAAGAAGAACAUGACGAUGUUAACACUGUGAAUCUCGCAGCUGUGGUGGAUGAUUCUGCACACGAUCCAUUAGAUUCAGAGAACCAUGCAAUAAUGGAACUUCCAGUAGGAUUGCUUGAUAAGGAUGAAGGGGACAAUGAAAUGAAUAUUUCAAAAGAGAAAGCACAAACCGAAAAUGAGAUAAUUUUUGAAGAGCUACCUGUGCGACUACUUGAUGAGGAUACAACAAUAUCUGGAGUUAAGAAGCAUGAUCAAACUAAGCCUAAAACAUAUAAAGAGGUUCUACUAGCUCAAGAAGGGGAAUUCAAUGUAGAUGAGAAACCAAGUUCUUCCACAGAUGACACUGCUAAGCAAACUCAACUAGAGCAACAACAACAUCUGGAAGAGCAAGAAGAGGUGCAAUCUUCUGGGGAAUCAGAUGGCUGGGUGAAGAUUGAGUUCCAAAAUGAAGGUGAACUCAAAGGGGAUGAUGAUUCACCAAUGGAUAUGGUGGUUGAGUGUAAGUCGGGUGAGGAAGUUGGAAAUGAUACUAAGUUACCUCCUUUGACAGCACAAGACAAGGGUGAUGAACCAGGGAAUGAAGAUGCAAGCAUGGAAGCAAAUGAUGUAAAUAGCAUCUCUCCAGAGGCAAUGAAGUUCGUGCCUAUCAGUGACAUGCAGAAGGAAGAGGAGCCAGAAGAAAAGAUUGCACAGAGGGAGACACAAGAGAUGGUUGUUGAACAGGCAAUUAAUGACGAUGAUAAAGACACACAAACUUUGGCUCAAGAGAAAACUGAACUAUCUGAUGGAGGGUUAAGUGGUGAUUCAAAGUUAUUGGAAGAGAAUGAGAAGUUGAGAAAGAUGAUGAAGAAGUUGCUUGAAGCUGGGAAUGAACAGUUAAACGUAAUAUCAGAUUUGACAGGCAGAGUGAAGGACUUGGAGAAGAAAUUAGCAAGAAGUAGGAGUAAGAGAGUGAAGACAAAGCGGUAUAGACCAGCAACUUCCAAAAUGUCUUGCAUGAAAUCCUCCAAAUAAUCCAGUGCAUGCGAGAGCCUUUGGUGUUGCAAUAUAAUAUGUAUAUGUUGUAAUUGCGAGGUGCGGUAUGAGUCUUGUUAUACUCUAUAAUAAUCACUCCAACAUAUGUACUUUUGUGCUUUGAAGUUGUUCAAUUGUUUUUCUCUUCAGCGUGCGUUCGUAUAUUAUUUGAUUUCA